AGCUCCAAUAUGAAAGUUGGUUGAAGUUGAGCUUGGAGAUACGAUAACAAUACCGGUACAGCAGAUAUAACAUCACUGCCAGCCAACGAAAAGAGGUUGAUACAUUUGACUUCAAUUAUCCCACAAUCAUAUUUGGGGCGUAUUGAACUAAAGAUCCAGGGCAUUCAUUUCUCGUCCCCAUUUCCUUGAUACCCUCUCUCCCAACCACAUAUCCUUUUCAAUCAAUCACAAUCAUGUCCAGAAGAUACGAUUCAAGAGUAAGCUCCAUCUAAUCACUACUCCCUCAGGAAUCCAGCUGAUUUUUAUGAAGACUACUAUCUUCUCCCCAGAAGGACGUCUUUACCAAGUCGAAUAUGCUCUUGAAGCUAUCUCUCAUGCUGGAACCGCAUUAGGGAUUCUGGCAAAGGAUGGGAUUGUAUUAGCCGCAGAGAGAAAGGUUACUAGCAAGCUAUUGGAGCAAGAUACUUCGGCCGAGAAGCUCUACAUUUUGAACGAGUAUGUCAGGUAGCUCUUACUUCUCAAAGUCAGAUCUACUAACACAUUAUAUUUCAGCAAUAUGAUUUGCGCAGUAGCAGGUAUGACAGCUGAUGCCAACAUCCUCAUCAACUAUGCCCGCCAAGCCGCUCAACGAUACCUCCUUACCUAUAAUGAAGACAUUCCUUGCGAACAGCUCGUGCGUCGAUUAUGUGAUUUGAAGCAAGGUUAUACUCAACAUGGUGGUCUUCGUCCUUUUGGUGUUUCAUUUAUCUAUGCAGGUUACGAUCCACAGAGAGAGUUCCAGCUUUACCAAAGUAACCCCAGUGGUAAUUAUGGAGGAUGGAAGGCUACGAGUGUUGGUGCAAACAAUGCUAGUGCGCAGAGUUUGUUGAAGCAGGAUUACAAGGAGGACUGUGAUCUAAAGGAGGCUUGUGGAAUGGCGGUCAAGGUGUUGAGCAAAACCAUGGAUUCUACGAAGUUGAGCAGUGAGAAGAGUAUGUGGUUUUGGGUGAAUUUGGAAGGACCUUGCUAACGUUUGGACAGUUGAAUUUGCGACAGUAGGAAAGAACAAGGAUGGCACAAUUUACCACCACCUCUGGGGUGCGGAUGAGAUUACGACUUUAUUGAAGGAACAUGAUUUGGCUAGAGAUGAGACCGGAGCAGACGGAGAUCGAAUAACCAGCUAGACAUUUUCCAAUGGUCUAAAGCACAGACUAUGUAACAAUAAUGAACACUACGUCAGCAAACUGCAAACAGCAAAUGCCACAUCUGUGACCUCCAGAU